GAGUCAGAGCAGGAUGUGCAGAAAGCCUUAGAAAAGCACCAGAUGUACAUGGGCCAGCGGUAUGUGGAAGUCUAUGAGAUAAAUAAUGAAGAUGUAGAUGCCUUAAUUGGGAUGGAGUCAGAGCAGGAUGUGCAGAAAGCCUUAGAAAAGCACCAGAUGUACAUGGGCCAGCGGUAUGUGGAAGUCUAUGAGAUAAAUAAUGAAGAUGUAGAUGCCUUAAUGAAGAACCUGCAGGUCAAAUCAUCACCUGCAGUAAAUGACGGUGUGGUUCGUUUGAGAGGACUUCCUUACAGUUGCAAUGAGAAAGACAUUGUAGACUUCUUUGCAGGACUGAAUAUAGUAGACAUUACCUUCGUGAUGGACUAUAGAGGGAGAAGAAAAACGGGGGAAGCCUAUGUGCAGUUUGAAGAACCAGAAAUGGCCACCCGAGCUCUUCUGAAACACAGGGAAGAAGUGGGAAACCGAUACAUAGAAAUUUUUCCAAGCAGAAGGAAUGAAAUUCGAACACAUGUUGGCUCUCAUAAGGGAAAGAAAAUGGCAUCUUCUCCUACUACUAAGUACAUAACUGAGCCAGAAAUGGUAUUUGAAGAACAUGAAGUACAUGAGGAUAUUCGACCUAUGACAGCUUUUGAAAGUGAGAAGGAGAUGGAAUUGCCUAAAGAGAUGUCAGAAAAGCUUCCAGAGGCUGUGGAUUUUGGAACUACGCCUUCAGUGCAUUUUGUCCACAUGAGAGGAUUGCCUUUCCAAGCCAAUGCCCAGGACAUUAUAAAUUUUUUCGCUCUGCUGAAGCCUGUGAGGAUCACCAUGGAAUACAGCUCUAGUGGGAAGGCCACCGGAGAAGCAGAUGUGCACUUUGAUACCCACGAGGACGCUGUUGCGGCUAUGCUCAAGGACUGCUCCCAUGUCCAGCAUAGAUAUAUUGAGCUGUUCCUAAAUUCAUAUCCAAAAGGGAAAUAAGACUUCCAUGGACUUCAGAUGAUAAGGGUAAAGCGAGAAGCAUGUCAUUUGCACGUCAUCCUUGGACAUGGGAUAUUAAGUUCCAGUUUAUUGGCAGCAACUACUAGAGAAAGGAUUUGGAGAUUUUGGAUUUAUUGCUUAUAAGAAAAAUUCAUGGUGCAUUGUUUAAAAAGAUAGUUUGGAAUUAUGAAAUAGACUACAAGUUUAAACUUCUGUUGAAACUGUCCAGGAUCUGGUUAAGAAAAUAUGGUCUUUAUUUUACAUAAUUAAACAGGUUUUUUUCCCUUAGAGGAUUUGCUACCAGUUGUAAAGAUUAUAUAUGAGCACUAUACUGGAAAGUCUUUUUCCUCCCAUUUCAAAAGUAAUUGUUCAAGGUUUUGUUUUUGGCCUGUGAAUUGAGAGCUCUGAUAUAAAACUUCUCAUGUAAAAUAAUGAUUUAUUAUAGCCAAACACCAACACAAGAGAAGAUUUCAGAUCUUUAAACAAGUAUGGUCUGGCAAAACAGUUUUAGUUUUAGCCGUAUUUGAUUGCAUAAAUAGGGGUAGGAAUGUUACCAAACAAAAAACGAAAAAAAAAAAGCAAACCAGGUUAGUGAGUGCUAAUAACAACUUGGCAGUCUUCUGUUUUCAUAGUUUUGUCUUUCUAAGCCUUAUGCUGAAGGCAUUUAACAUGGGUGCCUGUGAAUUGUGGGAGAAGUCUAGUCUCAGAAGCUGUAUGAGUGACCUCCUUUUGGUUUGCGGGGAGCUGUAAGGGUGUUUAUUAGUCUAGGAAUUGUGUAAAGCGAUAUAUCAAGGCAGUCCAGCCUGGUAAAGACAAAAUGGCUUCACUUGAAUUUAAACCAGCUCUA